CCGCGGAAGUUUGGCCCUUCCCGGCACCCGUCGCUCCAAUAUGGCUGCCCCCAGGACAGGCGAGGGCCGCCGGCACAGUGCAGACCCCAAAUCCCUCCCCGCAUGGAGCGCCGCGCGGAGUUCAGCAGAUGGAAGGCGCAGUGUCUGAGCAAGGCGGACCUCAGCCGGAAGGGCAGCGUGGACGAGGAUGUGGCCGAGCUCGUGCAGCUCCUGAAUGGGCGAGAACAGUUUUUUACCACCAGCUCCUGCGCGGGGCGCAUCCUCCUCCUCGAUGCGAAUAUAAAUGGCUUUGAGGUUCAGAAACAAAACUGUUGCUGGCUCCUAGUUACACACAAGCCUUGUGUAAAAGAUGAUGUGAUUGCAGCUUUGAAAAAAGCGAAUGGUGAUGCCACUUUGAAAUUCGAACCCCUUAUUCUUCAUGUGCAGUGUCGAGAGUUGCAGGAUGCACAGAUUCUGCAUUCAGUGGCAAUAGAUUCUGGUUUCAGGAACUCUGGCAUAACAGUGGGGAAGAGAGGAAAGACUAUGUUGGCUGUCCGGAGCACACAUGGCUUAGAAGUUCCAUUAAGCCAUAAGGGAAAACUGAUGGUGACAGAGGAAUAUAUCGACUUCCUGUUAGAGAUAGCAAAUCAAAAAAUGGAGGAAAACAAGAAGAGAAUUGAAAGGUUUUACAACUGCCUACAACAUGCUUUGGAAAGAGAAAGUAUUACUGACUUAUAUCCCAAAGAGAAAAUCAUCAAGAAAAGUAAUUCAUAUUCUCAUAAGAAAAGAAGAAACCGAGAAAAAGCAGAUGGCAAAUGUGUUACUGAAGACAAUGAUAAAGAACUUGAAAAUGAUGAUGAUCCUGAAGUCAAUGUAACUAUCUUCCCUGAAGAUUACUGAGAUUUGGUUCUACAGUGUCUUUGGUGGAAUAGUUUCUAAUAAUUAUUACAAAGCUGCUCUUUAUAAGAGUAUUUUAGUUUAUUGAGUGUAUCAGACAUUCAGAAAAGCAAAAUUUAAUUUUUCUCUAUAUUUUAGAGACACCCAUCUUAUAAAUAUAGAUGCCUUUUUAAACUAGAUAUGUAUAGUAUUUGUUCUUUAAGUACCAUCUUUUAAAUCACAGAAAUUCAUUGCAAAAAUAAAAUUAUGGUUGUUAAUACAUC